AUGUCAUCCACACCCUCCACACCGCGCACGACGCGCACCGCGUCUCGCGCAAAUUCUCCCAACGCCGACGACGACAACAUGAUGCUCACCCCGGGACGAAAAAUCAAAGCCUUGAUGGCAGCUUUCGACAGCGACUCCGAAACAGAAAACGUACAAGCACAACAGAAACCCGAUCGAUCUACCACUACCCUCAGCAAUGCGUUGAAACACAGCACUAUCUCCACACAGCCUAAGAGUACGGCUGAUUCAGAUGAUGAUGACGAUUCGGAUGAAGAUAUUGUCAUGCCGAAGGGGCGAAUGGCUGCACGGUUACAAGGCCAGUCUGCUGCGGGGCAGACGGCCUUCGAACGGGUUUCGAAGACGUUGCGGACGGAGAAGAAAGACGAUGCGAUGAUGGACGAUGAGGAUGAGGAUGAUCUUCCUGCGGCUGGACCGAGGAGGAGAGGGAGGAAUUCUACUGAACUCGUCCCGGAGCUUGAGAUGGAUGAACAGAAUCGGUCGCCGUCUCCGGCGCGCUCGGAGUCGCCUUUGUUUGUCUCGUCUCCUGGGAGAGAACAGGAUGAUGAAGAUGAAGCAGGGUCUGGUAAUGAGGAGGAGGAGGCACAGCCGAAGGCUAAUUCUCGGUUCCUGGCGCUAGUUGCUCAGAAGCGCAAGGAGCGGGAGGAGAAGGAGAAAGCAGAGGCUGAAAAGAGAGCGGCGAGAAUGAAGCAACAAGAACAAUUCAGUUCGGAGAUUCUGUCUGGUAGUGAGAGCGAGGGCGAGAAUGGAUCUGGACGGAAGUUGUCGCAGCAGGCGUCUCGUCCUGCGAGAAAGGCGGGCAAGAAGGCUCUGGAGGAGAUGAAUCGUGAGACGCAGCGGAUGAGUCGUAAUAUGCAGCUGGCGCAUCAAGCUCAGACGAAGAAAAAGAUCACGAAAGAGAGCUUCUUUGCUCGGUUUAAUGCGGUGAAGCCUGAUGAGCGGACUGCGCCUGGGGCGUCCGGGGAGAACUCGUCGACAACUGCUGAUUCGUUGAACUCGUCUGAUGCUGAGGCGCAGAAGGAAAAGGAGACUCCGCGUACUUCGCCUGUCCUUGGACCAGUCGAGAAGGCAUCUGGUGAAGGUCUGGGCAAAGAAGCGGAGACCGAGUUCCGUCCUUUGGAGGAUAUUCUUGCGAAUCCGCGCACGCAGCCCGAACAGCCUGUUGUAGCGAGGAUGGAAAUUGAUGAAGCGCAUACCACACAGCCUGGAAAGACACCUUCCAAGACGGAGAAGAAGAUUUUAACGGGCCCACCUGUUCGCGUGCGUCUCACGCGUGAGGAGGUCGCCCGGCAACAGAAGGACGACUCGGACAGUGAGCUCGAAAUUGUCACCUCCCCCGCCAAGUGUCGACGUAUUGCGGCGUUCGAGAAUGUCCCCGCCAGAAAGGCUCAGGAACCGGCAUCUAUGAUGAAGCUGAAAGCUCUGGCGCAUAUUACGUCUCCUACACGGAAAUCCACCAUGCACCCCGCCCAGUUGUCCGCCACGGUGCUGCUGAAGGCGAAGCAACAAGCUGCAAGAGAAAGACAGGAGAGAAUCGAGGAACUCAAAGCUAAGGGUAUCCAUAUCGAGACAGCCGAAGAACGCGCUGCCAUGGAGGAUGAGCUCGAGAAUCUUGUUGAGAAGGCCCGGAAAGAGGCUGAAGAUAUCGCUAAGAUAGAACGAAAAGCGGCUAAGGGCGAAGAUGAGGACGACGAGGACUGGGACUACUCUGGUUCUGAGGAAGAACGCGAGGAGGGAGAUGAGGAAGAGAAUGACGAAGACAAGCCUGCCGGUGAAGACGGGCUUGUCGAUUCCGAAGCAGGUGAAGGCGAUGAAUCAGAAGAUGACCAGACGGAAGUCAUGUCGGUUGAUGAGAACGACGCGCCAACACAGAGACGGAAGCGGCCUACCAGAGUCGUCCUCGAUGACGAUGAGGAUGACGACGAGGAGACAGAUCUCCAGACACCUGCGAAAUCCAUCGUUACGCCUACUACACGUUCCGUUGAACGGCCGCAACUCCCGACACAGAGCUCCAGCAACUUGAUGAGUCUAACGCAGGCCUUUGCCGGCACAGUCGCUGGCAGCCACCAGGAUAACGCACAAAGCGGCUCUACGAUUGCUUAUUCUGCUCCUGACCCAGAUGCUAUGGUUGAAGACCGUCAAGCGUCCGACUCGCAGACGAUCAUCAGAGACAGCCAAGAGCCAAGAAAGGAGUCUGUCGAUUUGCUAGCAGGCUAUGCACAGUCCGAUUCACGAAUCUCCGAGUCUCCUGCUCCGCGGUCGACCCAGCUCUCCCAGGUGCCAGAUCCCACCCAGGAUGCCGGAUUUGUCUUCUCGCCAUUCGAUCCUAACAAGCGAUUCCUCGGGACUCCCCAGUCAACCAUCGACACCGUCGUCAUCAACCGCGACAACCAAGAUGGCUCUCCAGCCCCCGCCCGCAGAAUGAAGCAGCUCAAGCGCGGACGGACAGCCGACCUGUCCAUGAUCGAAGAGCAAGAAGAUAACGUAGGUGAGGGCGACUUUGAAAUCGACGCCAGUGCCUUCGACGUAAUGAAGAAGGCAUCUAAGAAGCCUGCCGUUCCCUUCGACCGCAAGAAGAGCAAAGCCAAGGAAAUCGUCGAAGAAGCAGCCGAAGAGUCCGACGACGAAUACGCCGGGCUAGGAGGCGCCAGCGACGAGGACGACGAUGAAACCGAGAACGCCUACGACAGACAAAUGAUCAACGACAACAGCGGCGAAACCGUCGACGAGAAACAGCUGGCCGCCCUGAAUGCUCUACACCAACGCACCAACGACGAAAAACAAGUCGCCAAACUGCUCAAAGACAUCACCACAGGUGCACUCCGCCGCCGUCGCAACGCCGACGACGAAUUCGACCUCGACGACUCAGACGACGAGCUCCUCGCCCGCCGGCGCGAGAAACAGCGCGAGUUCGCACGCAUGCGCAAAGCCCUCCUCGCAGACGAGAAGAUCGGCGAAAUCGCCGAGAACCCCAAGAAAGCAGCAUUCUUCCGCGCCGUCGAAGACCGCGACUCAGACGACGACGUGGGAUUCGACUUUCUCGACGAGCCACAGGAAUCCACCCAAACAGACGACCCAUCCUCACAAGACAACACCACACCCCAACCCAACGACAACAAUAGCAACAAUCGCAAACGCCCCCUAGACCACGACCCCACAUCCGAAACCCACUCCCUCCCACCCCGCCCCCCACCGCACCUCCGCCGAACCAAACCCGUCUCCGCAAUGUCCAAGAAACCCGCAACGUUAGCAGAAAUCCGCGAAACACUAUCCUUCCUCACGGAGACGCACGAAUACGACUCCUUCCAUGAGGACGCAUCCAUAGACAUGGACGACAUGGAUAUAGACAUGGACAACGACACAGACGAAGACGGCGACGAUCCCCUCUCCACCACCAUCACUCACCACCACCAACAACAGUCCCAAGACGGCGCCCAAGAAACAUCAACAUCUACAUCACCAUCAACAGAACAACAACAACAACCCCUCCCCGCCUCCCAACGCCAACACCCUCGCCGCACCCGCGGCCCCGUCGUCGACCGCCUCGCUCUCCUCCGCCAAGCAUCCUCGAACUCCGCCACCAACAACUCCAAUACCAACUCCAGCGGCGGAGCAGCGCCAGGCGGAAACAGAAUGGCGUUCCACUCCGGCAGCUCAGGCGCUGCAGGCUCCGAAUUCUCCGGAUUCGCCCGCCCGCCACUCAUCAGGAAGACUACAGCUUCAUCUACAUCGUCUGUGGGCAGUAGUGUAUCGUCUAGGACAACGAAGAGUGGCGGUUCGGUGUCGUCGACGGGUAGCAAAGGGGGGAAUGUUUCUGGAAACGGGGGCAAGAGCGGAGCAGUGAAUUAUUAUACUGCUGCUAGGGAGAGGGAGAGGGAGAGGCAGUUGAGGGUGCAGGAGAGAGGAGGCAGUUCGGGGAAUAUGAAGGCGUUGUUGGAGAAACAUGCUAGGAAUCGGUUGGGGGCGUUGGGGAGGGGGCAGUGGGAGUAA